AUGUGGAAUUCAAGGAAAGGCAACACAGCUCUACAUAUAGCCUCAUUAGCUGGUCAGUCAUUAAUAGUCACAAUACUCGUUGAAAAUGGAGCAAAUGUUAACGUUCAAUCGCUCAAUGGUUUUACACCCUUAUAUAUGGCUGCACAAGAAAAUCACGAAGAUGUUGUACGAUUUCUACUAUCACACGGAGCUAAUCAAGCUCUUUCUACUGAGGGAAGGUAA